ACCCGUGAUUUUUCUAAAACAUCAUUUCCCAUAAGUCUCCCCACGCCUCAAAAAUCACAAAUGCACCACUUAAACGCUUUAGAUGCUCCACCUCUGUAUCUAAAAUGCCCAUCUUUACACUCCUACCUCCUUCCUCCUACCUGUGAUUUACUUUGAUGAGUGUUCCCCCUUCUAGCUUGUAAGCUCCUUGAGGGCAAGGAUGGUGCCUACUAACAGUACACAGUAGGAACUCUGAAGAGAGUAGGUGCCCGGUACGGUGCUCUGCACUCAGAAGAGGCGUCAACCAGAACUGAUAUUGCCUCACUGAACAGGAUAGAAGGCAGAAUGUUCAACCUGAAAGAAUCAAGAAGAAGGCGAUUUCCCGGUGUUAGCCUGGUCGGUGAGAAAGGGGCAGCUGGCCGGGCCGAAGCCGGCGGGGAGAAGGGUCAUCGUCUGCGACCUGGCCACGCUCUUCUGAGAUGCUUUGCUUUCCGGGAGGAGGAGGGGCACCGGCUCACAGCUCCCCAAGCGAAAUGCCCUGUGGAGUUUCCCCGGGUAACAGACAGUAAACGAAAGAGCCUGUUUGCGGCUCUGGCGGCCCGCGGGUCUGAUUGGGAAAGCUCUGCCUGAUGGAAGAAAUACCCAGAGACCGGAGGCAGAGUAAAACCAGGGCAUGCUGCACUCAAAAAGACCCGCACCCUCUUCACUUGUGGCUUGGACAGGCCCAACCCUUGCUAGAAGCAACCACGCUCUGAGAAGAUCGAGUGGCUGACUUCUCCUGGCCCUGGGGGCCCUUCUUCGUCUGAGAACAAGCUGCCCUGGCUGGAGAACCCCAAGUUGCUUGGGAGAGCCCAUUGAGAUCCAGGAUUUCCUGGCCAGCCGGAGGCCUGGGUGCCUCUGAGACCCCCGAGAUGUCGAUUCAACAGCGGCAAACCACAGCUGACUUCCAGCCCGCGGCCUGCAGGAUGGAGGUUCCCUCAUCCACUGCUGGGUGGAGCUGCCUGUCCAGGUUGGGCCUUUUCCACCCCGGGAACGACCAUCCCAAGUUUCCGGCGUCCACCCCUCCAUGUGCCGGGCACUGGCCACCCAAGCAACCAUGCACAGCAUCAGGGGAUCUGGCUCAGAGCACGCCAGGCAGACCGCCCCGGCCCGGCCCCCCACAUACGUGUUGCGCGAGAGGGUCUGGAGCAGACCAGUGCCCGGAGGAAUGUCUUGGUCUCAGAGUGAUGCCGUUGGGCAGAAAGGCGGACAUAGCUUCCCAGGCCAAAAGCUCUUUGGGGACAGGGGUCGGGACAGGGGCAGGUACAGGGACCUGCCUCUCUGGCUCUCCCGAAGGAGAGCCAGAGCAAACGACUGCCUCUGUCGCCAAUGGAACCGAAAUGCGGAAGCCACCGCCCCCAGUGAGCACUGUGUCUCUGACACCCGAGACUCCCACUGGGGGACCAGCCAUGAGCCCCAGCAAAAAGAAGUGUUGCCCCCACCCAGCGUACCCCGGUGGCACCAGCCGUGGCCUGCGAGGGCUGAACCCCCGAGACAUGAUGACGUCCAGGCCCAAAGCGCCUCCUUUGCUCCAGCCAGCCCACCGGAGCGGCCCUUCCCGGCCUGUGGCCCCCAUGAAGUGCCCCACUCUCCCCUCCGUGGGGCCUGCUGAGCCCAUGCCUCCAGGGGCAGCGCCACAGUGGGAGAAGCCAGCCACACUAGAGUCCAAAGCAUCAACCUUGCCCCGGCCUGGCGGCGCUGCGGGUCCCGGGGUCGCUGCCCGGCAAGUCGCCUCCAAGAGCGGGCUGGGCACCACUUUUGUCCACCUGAGCUACCGCGACAUGUUCCACGAGCUAGCCGCCACCACCACCGCCGGUGGCCCUGGGAUUUAUGAAAUGUUCGGGACCCCGGGCUACGGACGCAUCAAACAGGCCUGCGGCACUGGCAGCCCCGCUCCCUCGGGCAGGUGUCGGCCGCCCCCUGCCCGUGUGAGAGGCCACGGCGGGGCCAGACACUCCCAGCAGAGAGCUCACAGGAGCCCUCCCAAGAGUGAGCGGGUGACCAGCCAGCAGCGGAGAGCACCGAGGCCAAAGGGGAAAAGGCGCAAGUCAAACCGGGGCGGGCGAGGAGAUGGGGACGGUGGCGAAGUGACUGACCCCCAGGAACGACAGGCUCUAGGCCCAGGACGCUCCGGGGGGCGGGACGGAGAGGAAGAGGGCCCUGCGGGAGGGCUUGUGUCGCCCACAGAGCAGCGUGACCUUAAUCCUGGGCCCACCCUGCCGGAGGCUGCAGGAGGCCCACCCGACGCUCAAACCCGGUUCGUGACCCUUGGGGCCCUCAGAACUCCACACCGCCCUGCCCAGAGAAUUCCCGCAACGUGGGCCGCUCCGGGGAGGGGCUGGCCGUGGCCCACAGAGAUCCUUUCACGCCCCACUGUGGGCCGGCCAGGUACUCCAGGGAAGCUCCUGAUGCCCAUCACGCUCUCCUUGGAUCAACUGGGGCCCGGAGGCGAGCCGGCCCCAUCCUGGAGCCUCCUCACUGCCCCCCAGGACGUGAGUGAGGGACACAUCCAGGAGCUUCUGGGAGUCCUGGAGCCAGAACCGGGGGAACUUGAAGACACAGACCCUGAGUGCCCGGCCCCGGUGGCCCAGGAGAGCGAGGGAUGCACGGCGAAGUCAGUGGCUUUCACCCAGAAAAAGGAAGAGGUCUCACCACCAGCACUCGAGGAAGCCAACAUGUGCCACCGGGACUGGAGCCUCCUCAGGGAACGCUUCGCUCUCCGCUCCCCUGGCGACACGGCGGAUCCUGGAAAGUACAUAGACCACCAGAGGCCCAUUCUGUGGACCAAGGGAGAAAUCCUUGGGAAAGGAGCUUACGGCACUGUGUACUGUGGCCUGACCAGCCGAGGGCAGCUGAUCGCCGUCAAACAAGUGUCUCUAGAGGCCUCGGACGCCAGGGCCACCGGGGCGGCCUACCGGAAGCUCCGAGCAGAAGUGGACUUGCUACAGACUCUGAAGCACGUCAACAUCGUCGCUUACUUGGGAACGAGCCUGGAGGGGAACACCGUGAGCAUUUUCAUGGAGUUCGUUCCCGGCGGCUCCCUGGCAAGCGUCGUCAGCCGCUUCGGGCCCCUGUCGGAACCGGUGCUGGGCCAGUACACCGAGCAGAUCCUGCGGGGCGUGGCCUACCUGCACCAGAACCACGUAGUGCACAGAGACAUCAAGGGGAGCAACGCGAUGCUCGUGCCCACGGGGGUCGUCAAACUGGUUGACUUCGGCUGUGCCCGGCGCCUGGCCCACAGGGGCCCGGACGGAACAUCCAGCGAGACGCUGAGGUCGGCUCACGGGACGCCAUACUGGAUGGCCCCCGAGGUGAUCCGCGAGUCCGGCUACGGCCGCAAGUCGGACAUCUGGAGUGUGGGCUGCACGGUGUUUGAGAUGGCGACGGGGCUGCCGCCGCUGGCGUCCAUGAGCAGGGUGGCUGCCAUGUUUUACAUCGGAGCCCAUCGAGGCCUCAUGCCUCCUCUGCCCGGCCGCUUCUCCCAGAACGCCGCGGACUUCGUGCGUCUGUGCUUCACCAGGGACCGGCAUGCCCGCCCAUCAGCCGUGGAACUGCUCAGACACCCCUUCCUGGAGAGCCUUGAGCGACACCCUGAAAACCCACUCUCUGCCAGGGUGCUGGUGGCAGAGGAAGCCAACACGGUUGGAUCCCAGGGUGCUCGCCUCUGAGUGGUUCUGGUCUUGAGCAGGAAAAAUACACAGGAUCCGAGGUGCGACGGGACCUUUAAUCUCUUCCUGCUUCCGGACACGCCUGCGCUAAAGGCCUCACCUUUGCAGUGUCCAAGUAGGUGGUCCCCCAGCCUUCUCUGCUAACCUAUCCUCAUUCCCCUAACUUACCCAAAUCCCUCCCACUGCAGCCUACUUUGUAUUCCUCGCAAUUUGUCCAAGUCCAGAAGGCGGUGGUCCAGCCAAUAAAUCAGUUGUAAAUCCA